UGCAAGAUGGCGCUACAGUUUCUUUCAAAAUCCCAAUCGGCCACCAUUGUUGAAGGCGAUUCCAUUCAAUACUUGAUGAUUUUUCCAUUUUUUGUGACAUUUACUGGCGAAAUUUAACUUAUUCAGUAGUAUGGAACAGUGAACAAUAUUUCCUUAGCCAUUGUAUUGAGUUCUAACGACGUUAAAGUGCUUAUUUUCAAAACCUAAAUGCGUUCAAAGUGUCACGCGAAGUGAGCAUCAGUUUCGAGAACACCAUACCAUGCACGAAAUAAAUGUAGUUUUCAUUCGUUAUAGUGUUUACUGGACUCUAUAAAAGUCCUGUUCUCUGUUUAUAGUACAUGUUGCAAUGUGUUGGAUCCUCUAAACGUAUGGAGUACUCAUGAAAACGUUUCAGAAGAUUCUGUACACGUCGUAAGGGAGCGCAGUUACGCGGGCGAAGGCUUCAAAGUUGCCGGCAUCAUUAUGGUGGACUGAGAGAGUGUUUGUUGACGGAUCAGUGUUGAUUACAAGUUGUAAAGAGUGCCGUAAAGACUCCGCGCACAAUGUCUGGCGGUUCGCAGCACAACCCCAACGGGCGGCAGUCUCAAAUGGGCCCCAGUUGGAGCCCCUUACAGGUGUUACAGAUGGCGAACUUGUUGGCGCGCGCGCCCCAAGCUCACAUGGCGUCGGAGCGCGGCGUCACCUGGCACACGCCGACUCCGCCCCCCCAUCUUUAUCAUGUGCCAGCGCCUUCACCCCCUGAUCCUUUACAGGGUCUAUUGCAAUUGCAGGCGAUGAAGAACGCGGGCAACUCUGUGUUCAGGCACACUGCGACGCCGCCUGAGUUAUACCGACACACGCCGACACCACCCGACAAGCACCACAUGAGACAUACGCCCUCGCCAGGCGACGUGAAGGCCGGCUCAGCGUUGCCGCCAGCCGACUUGUACGCACAUUUGGGCCCUGGCAGAGAGAAACUACGCCCCGAAGAGUUGCUGAGCUACGCGCGUGUCGGCGUGGACCUGUCCCUGGGCUCCCGAGCCGCGCCCGCGCCCAGCAACGGGUCGGCGGCGCCCUCGCUGUCGGUGCGCGACGCGCCCACCAUCAACAGCCUCAUAGCGAGGGCGCAGCCCCGGGCGCCGCACGCCCGGGUGGACGCGCUGCUGGAGCGGCUGGUGCCGUCGCCGGUGUCGCCCCACUCCGUCAUAGUGCACUCUAGGGCCGCCCCUACGCCGUCACCGCCCUCUUCUAAUGAAGACUCGGCGGACUCGUGCGGCGCCAUGCCCGGGUCCAAGCGGAAGCGGAAGCCCGAGCGCACGGUGCGGCUGCCCGCGGCGCGCGCGCUGCCCGCCGCGCCGCCGCCCGCGCCCCCCGCCCCCGCCGCGCCCCCCACGCAGCCCCCCGCGCCCGCCGCGCCGCUGGAGAACGGCGAUGCGCACGCGCGCCUCAACGGGCCGCCGCCCGCGCCCGCCCUGCCGGAGGAGGAGGUACAACCGCUACAGCUCGAGAAACCUGAACCGCCACAAGAAAAACCACCCCAGCCACAGCAACCCCCACCUCCCACGAGAAGAAAAUCCAGGUCCGGGUCAGCUGAGACCAUAGACGACAUAGCGGCCAUGAUAGCCAGCACCACUGCGCAGCCCCCCGAGCCCGCCGCGCCCCCCGCCCCCCACAACCCCCACACCCCCGACACCCCCCACACCAUAGACACGCUGAAAAAUGUGUUGGCCAGUCCUGAAGCCAAGAAACAGGAGGAGGAAGUUAAGAAAGAUGAUGUACCACAGACACCACAAAUUGAAACCGCGGCGGCGCCCAGACGGCGCAGCGCCCGGACCUCUAACGCGGAGUCCACGAACGUCCCCAUCGAGUCCCCGUCCGAGGCCAAGCCCGCGGAGCCCGACACGAGCGAGCCUCGGAGCUCGGAGCCCACCGCGGCCAGCUUCGUGGAGGUGGAGAAGCAGUUGGAGAACAUGUUCGCGGGGCUGGAGGAGAACGAGGGUGAGAAGAAGCAGACGGGGAAAGCGAGGAAGCGGAGAAAAUCAGCGCCUACUAAAGGCGAGCGCAAAGACAGGAAAGCGGCGCGACGCUCGAGCCGGGCUUCAGAAGGGGACGACGCGCCGCGGAAGAAAAUGGCGCGGAAGCGGGCCGACGGCAACAAGGGCAGGAAGACUAAGGAGACUCCCCUCAAAGACGCCUACGAUUCUGGGAGCAAUGCGAGCUCCGGCCGAUCCAGAGGGCCGUAUAUACAGAUCCGAGGCCCCCGCGACUCACCGCUAUCAGUCAGCGUUAUCAACGCUUCAACCGGCGAAGACGAGGUCGAAUCCACCGUCACGAGGCGAAAACCUGGAGAAGAAUUCCGCAACGGACUCCGGGCGAGAGGCCUUCAUGCGAGCACUUUAGGGUUAAGAUACGACGCCACCACACCCGACGCUACGUGGCUGUGCGUGUUCUGUGAGAGAGGACCACAUGCGGCUGGGUUAGGGGACUUGUUUGGCCCUUAUACGGUGGAAACUGACUGUGAAGAAUACAGGGCGCUAGACGAGGCGACGCGGCGGCGCUACGGCGGCAGCGCGGAGGUGUGGCUGCACGAGGCGUGCGGCGUGUGGGCGCCCGGGCUCGUGGCGGGCGGCGCGCGCGUGUGGGGGCUCGCCGCCGCCGUGUGGGCCGCCCGCGGCGCGCGCUGCGCCGCCUGCUGCCGCACCGGCGCCGCCGUGUCGUGCGCCCGCCGCGGCUGCCGCCUCCGCUGCCACGUGCCGUGCGCCCGCUCGCUGCGCUGGACGCUCGACAUGGAGACGUUCCGAGCACUCUGCGAUACGCACACAUAGCAACAUGAUACAUGACGAAUCUCGCAUUCUUAGCACUUAGAGAGGACUAUAAGCGGUUCGUAGUGGGUUUUUUUUUUGUAUUUUCAGUACUACGUCCCUAGUGGGACUAUUCACAAAUAGAAUUGGCAAGCGGAUUGUAAAGGCAGACAUCAGUGACAGUUUGAAUAGAUUUCUAAAUGAUAUCUUUAUCGCAUGACUUUUGACCACGCGUAAAGAUCUAUGCGUAAUGAGGCCUUAAUCAAGGUAGUAUCGUGUGCUACGCUCGCUCGCUGCGCUGGACGCACGACAUGUAAACUUCUCGAGCAUUUUGCGAUAAGCACGAAUAACAAGAUGUAUGAGGAAUCUCAAAUGUUUAGCACCUAGAGAGGACGAUAAGCGGUUUGUGUAGUGAGGUAUGUAGCCACCGGAUUGGAUAGUGUAAUUUGAGAUUACAUUCUUUAUAGAUAUUUCACGUACAUAAAUCGCAAGCGUAUUGUAUAGACGAGGAUUACCCGUCGUUAAAAUGAAUUCCUGGUCGCAUAGUUCUUUGAGGGUGCACGAAAAUGGGUCUAUUUAUAGUGAAACGCUGCGCUGAACGCUAGAAAUCAAACCUUUCUGAGCACUCUGCGAUAUAUAGCAAGUGUAGAUGAGGAAUCUCACAAGUGGCGUAAGUUGACGCAACUUGUAUAUCGGACGGAACAUUUUUAUAAGCGGUUGAGAAACAAACCUAAUGUAUUUGAGAAAUAGUAUUUUCCAAGUUAUUUAUGUAGUGAACAUCACACACACAUACUUUAUACGCAAGUGAAUCCUCUGUCUUAAAUGGGGAAACCCGUAAGCAGGUCUAUUAAGAAUGAUCCCUUAAGUGCGGCAGGACCUCAUACGUUCUUCAAAACUAAUAUUCAAAUUCUUUAUUGCACGUUUAUAAGGUAUUUGGUAUUCACGGCUUAUAAGCCAUUCAAAAUUCAUUCGGUUAAAAGUGAUGUGACCUAAAUAUGGUGAUGAACUUGCUGGGUUUUUCAAAGGCCAGCCAUCAUCGUACUUCAUGGAUCAGCCAUCUGAUUAUAUUUUUAGUCUUUUUUAAUAACAUGUCAAGGACCAGGUAUCACUAACUUGACUAGUUCACCAUGAUUUAUGGUUUUUGCAAAGAUCAGUGUUAUGCUACUCAACGGAAUUUAAGAGGUCACACAAGUCCUUAGUCCUUCAGUAAAAAUAUUGAGACCGAUUUACCAAACAGGUGAGUCACAAUAUGAGGGUGAGAUUGAAGAGCUAAGCCUUUUUUUAUUUAGUAAGCAAAUGAUAUGUCAUGAUGUUAUAUGGUCAUCAAAAUGCGUAAGAAGUCUUCAUACCCGUACACGAACCAACUUACAUAAAAUCUCAAAGCCAAGGCCUUUGGCUCGCACAAAACGUUCUUUAUUUGUGAUUUAUCAACAAAUCUUUAAUCAUGCAAGGAGAUAUGAUGGUAAAAAUAUUUACUUUUAAACCUUAUAACAAAGGUUGUAAUUUAUUUUCUGCUCUAGUGGUAAUCUGCUGCCUUACAAUAUUAAAAAUUCACAUACUGAUAUUGUUUCAUAUACCUAUAAGUUAAUAAGCCACUUUGCCCUCUCUAGGUAAAAUGUUAUAUAUAUAGUGUAGAUAAAAAAAUCUUCUUAGAUCUAAUUUAUUACUGCCCGAACUUGAGUUUCGAUUACAUAAUAUAUGUACAGAAUAUUUCACAUGUACGAUUUAAUUUAGCGGUGAUUAGUUUGAUAAACUUAGAAUGUAUGUAAAUAUAGACUUAAUGUACAUAGGUCACGCGCGGUACACCAUGUUUUUUAAGUGUAACAUACAACGUAACGCAUAAAUAUUAUCAAAAUGGAUACAGUAUUUCGUAGCAUGUAACGUUAACGAGUCAGUGUUGCUAGUUUGGAUGGUGUCGAAAUUCUUGUCAAAUAUAAUGUAGUAACAUAUGAAUUUUAUUUCGAAUAAUUUCUAUAAAAUGUACUUAUAAAAUUUAACAUAUUGACAGUAUGUCGACCCCGUCCGAACGGUUUACAAAUGUAAGUGUACAAUGAGUAAAUAAAAUUUAAAACCCAUGCAUUUUUACUCUUCCAAACACUUCGACAAGUCUAUCAAAUUGUACUCUAAAUAAAAAAAUAAAAAAUCUUUUUACAAUUUAGUGUAAAUAGAUUUUUAAAUCUUUAAUCUUUUUUUUUUACAAUCUAUUUAAUGUAAAUGUUACAUGAUUCCAUGUAAAUAUAUUGAUGCUUUACUCAUUGUAAACUCGGAAGAUGUAAGUCUCGUUUUCGACGACAUAUUAUUGUUUACUAUAAUGUAACAAUGCAGUGAUAUUAAAAGUAAUAAUGUUUACUUGAUGUAAUAAUUAUAUUUUAUGUGAAACAAUCAACUGUUCAGUUGCCAUUAUUAGAAUGAGAACUAGUCUAAUUAAUAGUGUCUUGUGAUUUUUAAAAUUUAUAAAAUCGUUUGGGUCUAAUAAAAAUUUACAAUAACUUUUAGCUUGGCGGGUGAAUGAGGCGACUGCAUUGUUAUGGGUGGGGACGCGUAUCGUAGCGAUAUUAAUGUAAUACCAGAUUUUUACGCUUAAUUAUUAAAGGAUGCCGCGAGGGUUGUUAGCUAAGAUCGGAUAUUCGGAUCUUAUUAAUCGGGAAGUAUUGUUUGUAUUUACAAAUUCGGAUUAUUUACGAGAGAUAUUAAUGCCAAACUUGGAAUCCGAUUAGGUUAACAAAUAAUAUUAUAAAUACAUACAAUAGAUGUUUUCGUAACUUGCAUUCGAUUAGUAACAAAUCCGUUAGUUAUGUGUCAGAAAAAAUUUACUGGUAAAUAUGAAUCCGAUAAUUCGUUGUUUAGUUAUGAGCAUGGAUUAUAAAAAGAUUGUAAUCACAUUGAAAGUCUUACUCGCUGGAAACACGAUUUACUUAUUUAUUUUUCUCGUAUUUGUAAGCAUUUUAUCACAACAUAUAGUGCGAUUGUUGUCUUUAACAAAUAACUGAAGUAAAUUAAAACUGUAUAAAAAGACAUAGUCAUUUUAACCAACUUUCAAAAAGAGGAAGUUUUCAUUUCCCUUUAUACAAUCGACAAUUACUUCUUUUAGUGUAAUUACAAGCUUUUUGACUAUAUGCAAAGGAUUUUGCGAACAAAUAGUAUAUUUAGUAUAUAAUUCUUAAAAAUUGUAAUAUACCGGGCUUUUAUACAAGAAACAAUUUAUAAUGAAGUUGCAUAAUCUCGCGGCGUCCAUUGGAGAAUGUAAUGCGCCGGCGCAGGCAGUGAAUUAAAUAAUCGUGUACUUUAAUUCCAGUGAAUAGAUGAUAGAAUUUAUCUAGAGAAUUUAAGGUACAAAUUUAUAGUAGGGAAAAUCGGGCCAGUUUAGUAUUUUUAAAAACAAUUAGGACAUUGGCGACGCAUGAACAGUAACAUAAAAAAUAAACAAAAACAGCAACCCAAAGCCUUCAUAUUGUAAAUGGUGUAAGAAUUUUUUUAUCACAUACAGCAAAUGAUUACUUUAUUAAGUAUGUAAUUGUUAUAAAUUAUAUUUAUCAUGACAUUAUAAGCAAAUUUAAAUACAACAUGUUUAAAAUGA